AUGGAUUCCGCUUCUGGAAUCGAUUUGGAUCCGAAUGUUCUCAGACACUUGCAAACGAAGAAAGUAGAGGAACGAAUCGAAGAUCUGAACAAUCAAAUAUGGAUGGAAGACGAUGCAGUUGGCUAUCGAUUGGUGACAGUUAUUGAUGAAGGAUUAUCAGAUUUGUUGGUUGGAUUCAGAGAUGAACAGGGAUUUUUUGAGAAGAAACGAAUCGAAAAAGCGAAAUGCGAGGUGCCGAGUCUGAACAAUUAUUCGGAUGAUUUGUGUACUCUAACACAGCCGAAUGCAGCUACAGUACUCCACGCACUCAACAUACGAUACACUUCUAAUGUUAUUCAUACAUACUGCGGUCUAUUCUGUGUCGUCAUCAACCCGUGGCGAACAAUUCCAAUAUAUUCUGAUGAAGUGAAACAAUUAUAUCAGCAUCGGAAUGAUCUACCUCCACAUGUUUAUUCUGUCGCACAGAAUGCAUUUCAUGGAAUUUUGAAAGGUGGAAGGAAUCAGUCGAUUCUAAUUACCGGAGAAUCAGGAGCUGGAAAAACCGAGAACACGAAGAAAAUCAUCGAUUUCAUUCUGAGUUCUAGUGGUUCAAAUAAUACAAUUGGAGAGUGUGUUGUGACGAGUGGAGUACUUUUGGAAGCAAUGGGAAAUGCGAGAACCACUCAUAAUAGCAAUAGUUCCAGAUUUGGAAAGUUCAUCAGAAUCGAGUUCGACGAGAACUCAAAACUAAUCGGAGCCAAAAUUGAAUGCUAUCUCCUCGAAAAGUCUCGAGUAGUCUCCCAAAGUGAUGGUGACCGAAACUUCCAUAUUUUCUAUCAAAUGCUCUCCAAUUAUUUCGAUAAUCCACACAAAAGUUUUCUGAAAUUAUCGAAGAAAGUGGAACAGUACAAAUAUCUGCGAAAUGACGACCCAUCGAUUGUUGAUGCUGAAACUGCUAAACUCACAGAUGAAGCAUUCUCGAAGAUUGGAUUCAGUGAGGAGGAGAAGAUAUGGAUUUUUCAAAUUCUGUCAGCAGUUUUGUGGAUUGGUGAUAUCAAAUUUGGAGAGAGGAGUGGAUUGGAUGUUUCUUUUGUGGAGAGUAUGCAAGAAGUGGACAAUAUCGCCGAGCUGCUGGAAAUGAAAAGCUCGAAACUGGUGGAUGCAUUAACUCAGCCGACGAUAAAAGUUCAUGAUAAACUGAUCAGGAAGAAUCAGAAUCUAGCUAAAACUUUAAGUUCUGCAUCGGCAAUGGCAAAAGUACUGUACGAGAGAUUGUUCGGAUGGGUCGUCAAACGAUGCAAUGACGCAUUUUCAGUUGAUGAUACUAAAACCUCUUGCCGAAACAGUCGAUUCAUCGCAGUUCUCGAUAUUGCUGGAUUUGAAAUCAUUGAGAAAAACUCAUUCGAACAGUUCUGUAUCAAUUAUACAAAUGAGAAACUUCAACAAUUCUUCAAUCAUUUUAUGUUUGUGAAAGAGCAAAGUGACUAUUUGGAAGAGGGAAUCAAAUGGACUCAAGUCAAUUUUGCGAAUCAUCUCCAGCCGACGAUUGAUCUGAUUGAAAAGCCAAUGGGUGUUCUCUCCUUCCUGGAAGAAGAAUGUGUUGUCCCCAAUGGAUCCGAGAAGUCACUCCUCGAGAAGCUCUGCUCAAAUCUAGCCGGAGAUUCUAGUUUCAAAAAGUCCAAACAAUCUCAAAAGUACUCGACAGUCCGUCACUUCGCAGUUCAACACUAUGCCGGAGAAGUUCAUUAUAAUAUUGAUGGAUGGCUGGAAAAGAAUCGAGAUAAUGUGGAGACGUCGGUGUUGGAUAUCCUGUCACAGUCUACUCAUCCACUGUUGAAAGUCUUGUUCCCUCCAGUCCCUGCAAACAACCUGAAGGCACGACGAGGCACUAUCACCAAUUCUACCGUUUCAUUCUUGUAUAAAAACCAACUACAAUGUCUCCUCGACACACUUAACACGUCAUCUGCUCAUUUCAUUCGAUGCGUUGUUCCAAAUUAUGAGAAACUUCCAGGGAAGAUUGAUGCUCCAUUGGUUUUGGCUCAGUUGAAAUGCAACGGUGUGCUCGAAGGAAUUAGAAUCUGCCGUGAAGGCUACCCAUCACGUCUUCCACAUUCAGAAUUCAUUGAGAGAUACUCCCUUCUUCUAAAGAAUAAAGAGAAGGUUUCUGGAGCAAGUGAGAAGGAGAAAUGCGCUCAUAUCUGUCAAGAUGCAGACGUUCGGAAAGAGAGAUACGCAGUCGGAAAAACGAAAUUAUUCUGUAAAGUUGGAGUGAUUUCUGAGUUGGAAAGAAAGAGAAAUGAGUAUAUCUCAUCGUUUAUUGUCUUGAUUCAAGCCAAUAUUCGAUAUCUGAAUGUUCAAGCAGAUCUAUUGGAGAGGAGAAGAAAAGCAGAAGCAAUUGUGACAAUUCAAGAGAAUGUCAGACAAUUCGCUCAGUUAUCCCAAUGGCCGUGGUAUCGGAUACAUCAUUUGGCGAGGGGAUUGAUACCCAAGAAUAGGGAUAAAGAGAGAAUACAAGAGUUGGAGAUGGAGAAAAUGAAGUUGGAAGAGGAGAUUCAGGAGAUGGAAGUGAAGAAUGAGGAGGCGUUGAAGGAGAACUUGAAGUUGAGCAUGAAACUACUGGAAAAAGAGCGUGAAUUCCGAAAGACGAUGGAAGAAAUGGAGCAGAAUGAGGAGAUUUUCAGUGUUUUGGAGAAGAAAUACAAUGAUCAACACAAGAAAGUUAUGAAAAUGAAUGACGUCCUCCGAGAUUAUGAGCGCAGAAUUGAGCAAUUGAAUAUGGAGAAAUCGGAUUUGGAAGCGGAGAAUUUGAAGCUGAAAGAAGCACAAAAUCGACAAGAUUCUCAUUAUGGAAAUAUGGAGAAGGAGUUGAUGGAGAAGACGUCAAUUAUUGAUGAACUUCAAAAUCAGGUGCAGAAACUUCUGGAUGAGACAAAUGAACAGAAGAUUAUGAUUGCUAAAUUGGAAACAGCGUUGGAAGAUGAGAAAGCAAGACAUUCGAGACAGAACAACACGAUUGGAGACAUGCAAAAAUUGAUAACGGAAUUGAAUGAAAAGAUUGCACGUCUUGAUAAUGUUGCUCUGAAUGAGAGGAAUUCAACGAGGAAGAUUGAGAGGGAGAAGGAGAAAUUGAAUGAGGAAUUGACGACGGCGAAGGAAAUAAUUCAGAAGCAGGCGAAGAAGAUUGACGAGUUGAAAGACGAAUGCCGAAAACGUGGAAACGAAGUGAACCGAUUGGAGAGAAAACUAGAAGAUAAGGAAGCGAUGAUGGCUGAUUGUGUGAAAGAAUUGAAGGAUAGUCACAAGGAAAGACUCAAAGAAAUGGAACAGAAAGUGGAAGAUGUGAAACGGAAAAAUUCGAAACUUGAGAAUGAGAACUCGACUCAGAAGAGUCAAAUCGAGACAUUCCAACGAGAAUCGAGUGUUGAUUCGGAUUACGGUAGAUCUAGUUCAGGUAGAUUAUCCACGUUGGGAAGGCAGUAUUCACUCACUUCGAUUGGCUCAUUUUCAUCGAUUCGUACUGUUGGAUUGAGUCGAAAAGACUCGGUUUCCGAUAUGACGUCAUCUAUGUAUUCGUUGAGAGGUCGGAGAGAUUCCACGUAUGAUAUGACGUCAUCGAUUUCGAAUUCUGUUGGAUUACAAAGAUCUCCGUCGACUUCACAGGUUAUGGAGAAGGAAAGGAGGAUUUUGGAGUUGGAAAAAGAAAAAGCAGCAAUCAAUACGGAUCUUCAAUUGGUCAAACGAGAGUUGGAUGUCUACAAAUCACAGUUGUCAGCUGUUGAAUCGGAAAAAGAAUCCCUCCAAACGACACUCCGAAAACAAACGAAUCAACUGCAAGAAACCACCCGGCAAUUCAAUUCUGCACAGAAAAAUGCAGAUAAUCUUGCACUUCGACUGAAAAAAGCACUCGCGGAUUGUGAUGAAUGGAAGAAAAAGCAUGAGGAAUCAAUAAAUGAGAGUAAGACAGAGAUAUUGGCGGAACGAAAAAGAGCAAUGGAUAGAGCAGAGGCAUCUGAAAAAGAGACUGAAUUGAAGCAGAGUCGAAUGGCAACGAUUGAAAGUGCAAAGAGUGCAUUGAGUGGGGAGUUGGCAAGGACUCAGGCGGAAUUGGAUAGAUGUCGACAGAUAAUUGUGCAGUUGGAAGAGAAUAUCAAGAGUCAGGAGACGCUGGGAAACAGUUUUGAACGACACCAGAGCAAUCUCAAUUUCGAAAUUGAGAAUUUGAGAGAUGAGAAUUGUGCGUUGAAGGCGAAGAUUCGAAGACAAUACAAACAGAUUGAAUUGCUUACUCAACAAGACGAAACCAACGAUGAGUUGAAUCAUUUCGAAAACAAAACCGAAAGACUUCUCUAA